UCCGUCGUCACUUCCGGUUAAAGAUGGCGGCGACCUUGUGCGUAAAAUUACUACCGAAACAGGGAUGGCUUCCCCUCACGCAGACGGUUCGCCACGGCUCCAAGUCCGUCACGCGCCACAGGAGGCCGAUGCACAUCCUGAAGCAGAAGCUCAUGGCCGUCACGGAGUACAUCCCUCCUCCUCGGGUCAUCCCUCCAGGAGCCUAUCCGUACCAAAGGAAACGAGUCCAGGAGGAUAGUCCUCUCACGUUGAUCAUGAAGAGACACCUGAAGACCGUGUUCGAGGACUCCAAGAUGAUCGCCGUGGUCCAGAACAACGCCAGCAACGCUGACAACAUGAUGGUCCUCAAGCACAGGCUUCAUAAACAUGGCAUCGCUGUCAAGUUCUUCCCCAACCAGGUAGUUCAGUCGUUCCUGGAAGGCGGCCUCCACGCCAACAUGGCUCCUCUGUUCAUCGGCCCGACGGUUCUGUUUGUUAGCAGCGAGCCUAAAGUGAAGGAGAUGCUGUCGGCGCUGAGGGCCAGCCAGCAGAUGACGCUCCUCGGAGCCUGCAUCGACGACACGCUGCUGAGCGCCCAGGCGGUGGUGAGCUACUCCAAGCUGCCGUCGGUGUCGGUGGUCCAGGGCGAACUGGUCAGCGGGCUGACGAUGCUCACCUCCCACACGGCCUCCAUGCUGCAGCGCCACCCGGCCCACCUGUCGGCCCUCCUGCAGCAGUACGUCAAACAGCGGAGCUCGGACGGCGGAUCGGAGGGAGCCCCCAAAGCCGAGGAGGCCGCGUAGACCUGCAGGUCGGGGGAGACUCUGCAGGGACCGCUGCAGAUUUCCAGCUGCUUGGAAGGCCGAGGGACUUGUUGGGUCGGACGCAUUGAUAUCGUUUAACAAUUAAAGGCAAAGUGUAGCCGCUGGUUCACCCAGCCUUAAAUGUUUGACUGACGCUGAAUUCAACUACAUGUGCGUCCACGCAGAGGAGCACCGGGGCUGCUGUGAGUGAAGGAAGCUGCAGACUCGACUGGUUUUCAGUGCGCCUCGACCCCCUCAAUGGGAGGACGGACACUACUGCAGACAUGCGAGUGUCCUCCACGCAAUUCCUUCUAUUUGAGGAUACUGUCGCAUAUAAAUAAACUUAUUUCAACACGA